CCAUGCAUCAACAACACCUUCAACUACACUCCCCCAAAGAUGAGUCAAUUCAUGCCACCCAAUCAAGCAAUUGGCUACUACUCCUCUCCCUUCUAUAGCUUAACUACAAUCACAAUACAAACAAUUCCACCUUUUUCUUUUGAGAAAAGAAAUGUUAAUGAUACAAAUCUUUCAUCUUUCUUUAUUAUAUGUUUUUUACUUUGUGUGGGUGGGUGGGGGCCCUCUUUGCAGUACUAAUUCUCUCAUCUUUAUUUCUCCUUCAUUGAUCCUUAAUGGAGGUGAUUAAUAUUCAACUUCCUUCUUCAAUUAUUCCCAUUCCUUCUUCUUCUUCUUCUUCCCAUCAUCAUGGUUGCUUGCUUCUAGUCUGACAUGGCUGCACUUGUAUUGCAAGGUACACUUGUGUUUACCUUUGUUCAACUACUUCUUUGAUAUGUAUGUAAAUAGGCUUCUGGUUAUUCAACUGGAAUGGCUUUUGGUUCAAUUCUUACAUGUUAUUCUGUCACCUGUUGCAAAUCACUAGUCUGGUCUUUCUUCCCUUAGUAAUAGUAUACCUGUGGCAUACUGUUCCAUUAGCUUCUGGGGGUUCACAACUAAUCUGACUUGCUUCUCAUUUCAAUGGGACAAUUAGAUGGUGGUAACGAAAGGAGGUCCAUGAACAUGGCUGGACCAGCUGGCUUGGGCUACUGGUGUGCUAUUUGCGGGUGCCGUCACCUAAAGCUGCUUCUUAGCUGUUUUCUGCUUCUCAACUUGUUCACAACCAGCAGCUAUGCAUCCCAGCAGCCUGAUGUUGAAGGUGAGGCGUUGAUUAAGCUUCUGAAGGCGCUGAAUGACUCCAACGGCCAAAUCACAGAUUGGAAUUACUUCUUCGUCAGCCCUUGCAACAGUUGGUCUCAUGUCACCUGCAGAAAUGGAAGUGUCAUCUCUUUGAGCUUGGGUUCAAUGGGAUUCACUGGAACUCUUUCCCCUGAAAUCACUAGGCUCAGGUCCUUGGUUAGUCUGGAUUUGCAGAACAAUCAACUUUCAGGUCCAUUGCCUGACUACCUUGGCAACAUGACCACCCUUCAGGUUCUCAACUUUGCAAACAACAGCUUCAACGGCUCCAUACCAACCACCUGGGAGGACCUCUCGAGCUUAAACCGCCUGGAUCUUUCAUCAAACCCCGCUUUGAUGGGAAGCGUACCGAAGCAGCUGUUCAAAGUUGGAAUCUUCAAUUUUACAGCAACAGGUCUUGGAUGUGGCUCUACCAAGGAACAACCUUGCCUUUCUAGCUCCUCUCUCCGAGCUGUAGCAGCAGCAGCAGCAGAGGAUUCGAAUCCAGGACUUAAAAACACUAGGCAAUAUUUACAUGCAGCUAACAAGACCAAGCAGUCCAGGCUCAAGAUCAUUCUCUCAGCUUCCGCCGCCGGAUUCCUACUUCUCCUCAUCGGAGUUGCUUACCUGGGAUGCCGAUACUAUCGCCUCCGCCGCCAGCUCAAACAAGACAUCUUCUUCGACGUCGCCGGCGAGGACGAGCGCAAAAUCUGCUGCUUCGGGCAGCUACGGAGAUUCUCCCUCCGAGAAAUCCAGGUGGCGACCAACAAUUUCAGCGACAACAACGUCAUCGGAGCGGGAGGGUUCGGCAAGGUAUACAGAGGCGUCCUCUCCCACCACGAUAACAACCUUAAAGUCGCCGUCAAGCGCCUCGCCGACAACUGCAGCCCCGGCGGAGAAGCCGCCUUCCAGAGGGAGGUCCAGCUCAUCAGCGUCGCCGUCCACCGGAACCUGCUCCGCCUCAUCGGAUUCUGCACCACCGCGACGGAGCGGAUUUUGGUCUACCCUUACAUGAGGAAUCUCAGCGUGGCGCACCGACUGCGGGAGCUGAAGCCAGGUGAAAAGGGACUGGACUGGGCCGCGAGGAAAAAAGUGGCGCUGGGCUCGGCCCAUGGGCUCAAUUACCUGCACGAGCAUUGUAGCCCGAAGAUUAUCCACCGGGAUCUGAAGGCCGCGAAUAUUUUGCUGGAUGAGGAGCUGGAGCCCGUGUUGGGUGACUUUGGGCUGGCGAAGCUGGUGGACCCGAAGAUGACGCAUGUUACCACUCAGGUGAGGGGCACGAUGGGCCAUAUUGCGCCGGAGUAUUUGUCCACCGGGAAGUCGUCGGAGAAGACGGAUGUGUUCGGUUACGGGAUCACGCUGCUGGAGCUUGUGACCGGUCAGCGCGCCAUCGAUCUGUCGCGGCUCGAGGAGGAAGAGGAUGUUUUGCUUCUCGAUCAUAUCAAGAGGGUGGUACGGGAGAAACGGCUCGACGACAUCGUGGACCGGAACUUGGAGCGAGACUGCGACAUGAAAGAGGUUGAGAGGAUGGUGCAAGUGGCGCUGCUGUGCACGCAGAGCUCGCCGGAGGAGCGGCCGACGAUGGGGGAGGUGGUGAAGAUGCUCGCCGGAGGAGGGGAAGGGGUGGAUCUGGAAGAGCGGUGGGCCGAGUGGGAGCAGCUUGAGGAUGUGAGGAACCAGCAGGAGUUCUCGAUGUUGUUCGCUCACGGCCACCACUUCGCCAAUUUCUGGACCGACGACUCCAGCAUCGUUGACCAAGAGGCUAUCCAGUUGUCCAAGCCCAGGUAGUUAAAGGAGAGCGAGUUAAUUAGGGGCAAAGGGCAUGAAAAAGCAUUUUACCUCAAAUUUAGCAUAUAUAUAUACACACACUCUGGAAUAUUGCAGAUACAAUAUAUGUGGCUAGCAGUGAUUAAUUAACGGCAACAUAUGUGUAAGGAAGUAUAGAUAUCAGUACGAACGCCACAUUUGUCUUGUAUGAGAGUACUAAUUGGAGCACUAAACUGAUACAGUUGCAAGCAUGUAAUAUUGAAUGGUAUUUUAUGUGUGCGUGCAUGUUCUUGGAUCCCAAGAAUUAGUAUAUAUAUAUUUUAGAUAUGAGUUGGAUAUG